AUGGCAGGCGAACGCAAGUCGGCAGAGGCCGACCGGAAGCUGGAAAGCGGGACCGCCAAGGGCGCGCCGGAAGCUGCGAGCAGCUCCGGCGGUCUUGGUGGCCUGCACCCGGCCUUCUUCAUCGCUCUCUGGAUCGCGCUGAGCUCGAGUGUAAUCCUCUUCAACAAAUGGAUCCUUUCCACAGCAAAGUUCGAAUACCCGUUGUUCCUGACGACAUGGCACCAAGUCUUCGCCACGAUCAUGACCCAGCUCAUGGCCCGCUUCACCAAGAUCCUCGACUCGAGACAUAAUGUCCCAAUGACACCGCAUACAUAUGGGCGCGCAAUAGUUCCCAUCGGCGUCAUGUUCAGCUUGAGUCUGGUGUGCGGCAAUCUGGCCUACCUGACGCUCAGUGUGUCUUUUAUCCAGAUGCUGAAGGCUACCACCGCCGUGGCGACCCUGCUUGCCACAUGGGCCUUCCGCAUCGCACCCCCUAACGUCAAGGUUCUCGGGAACGUCACCGUCAUCGUCCUGGGUGUGGUGAUCGCCUCCUUCGGCGAGAUCAAGUUUGUCUUCAGCGGCUUCAUGUUCCAAGUGGGCGGCGUCGUCUUCGAGGCCCUGCGUCUUGUCCUGGUCCAGCGCCUGCUGAGCUCGGGCGACUUCAAGAUGGACCCGCUGGUCUCGCUCUACUACUUUGCUCCUGCCUGUGCAGUGACCAACGGCCUCUUCACCGCGCUCGUCGAGCUGCCCCGCUUGACCAUGGCAGAUAUCUACGGUCUUGGGCCGAUGAUUCUUCUUGCGAACGCGUUCGUGGCUUUCCUGCUGAACGUUUCAGGUGUUCUGCUUAUCGGCAAAACCUCGGCUGUCGUCCUUACCAUGUCCGGCGUCCUGAAGGAUGUGCUGCUUGUCUUUGCAUCCAUGAUCCUGUUCCACGACCCCGUGACUGGUCAGCAGUUCUUCGGCUACUCCAUUGCCCUCGCUGGACUGGUUUACUACAAGCUCGGCGCCGAGAAGAUCCAUUCCCUGGCCAAGGACACGCAGCUGCAGAUUAGCCAGUACCGCCAGAGCAACCCGGCGAGGGUGAAGCUUGCGGGCGCAGCCGCUAUCUUUGUGGUCGUCUUCUUGCUGAUAUGGGUAUGGGGCCCGGCCUCGACGAGCCAAUAUACCGAAUAUGUGAAGGCUCGCGCUGGGUACGGGGGAUGA